GAUAAGCAAUGUUUCUCUUCCAGGGAAUCGUGUAAGAAAUCGGUGCCCGGUCCCGGUAUUUUAAAACGCAGGCUACUUCAAGGGAAUCUUUAGCAGCCAUUUCUUUUCGUUUCUUCCACAGACAGUACACUGCCUCAAAAAAAGGUGCGAUGGGUGCUUACAAAUACUUGGAAGAGCUUUAUAAAAAGAAACAGAGUGAUUUGCUCAGGUUUUUGUUCCGAAUUAGAUGUUGGCAACUCCGCCACUUAAGUGCAAUUCACAGAGCUUCACGACCAACACGUCCAGACAAGGCUCGCAGAUUAGGUUAUAAAGCCAAACAAGGAUAUGUUAUUUACCGUAUCCGUGUCAGACGUGGAGGACGCAAGAAGCCAGUCCCAAAAGGUAUCACUUAUGGUAAGCCAAAGGGAGAGGGUGUUAACCAAAUUAAAUUCCAACGCAGCAUUAGAUCCGUGGCUGAGGAGCGUGCAGGUCGUCACUGCGGUGGGUUACGAGUAUUAAAUUCAUACUGGAUUGCGCAAGAUUCGACAUACAAGUAUUUUGAGGUCAUCAUGGUUGAUCCACAUCAUAAAGCAAUUAGAAGAGAUCCUCGCAUCAAUUGGAUAUGUCGUGCUGUCCAUAAACACCGUGAAUUACGCGGCCUUACUGCUGCUGGUAAGAAGAACAGAGGAAUGGCUAAAGGACAUGGCUUUAAUAAGGUCAUUGGCUCCUCUCGACGUGCCAACUGGAAAAAGCAUAAUAUUGUAUCGCUAAGACGCUACAGAUAAUUGUACUGGUCACAGUGAGAAGAAGAAAAAUAAAAUA